CUCCACGCAGCAGCAGCAGCAGCAGCAUUCAGGUGGAUUACAGUGCAAACACCUUGUCGGCAUCCCGCUCAUCUAACGCUUUGUACGGCUAUCUCGACCAUGCAUCCACCGUCCGUGUCUGCCGGAGCUGACAUGCGACUGUAGGCGUUAACAGGAGAGCCAGGCCGAGCAGAGCUGGCUGCAGGGAUCCUUCAUCCAGACAGGAGCCUAAAUGUUUAACACGAGACCGUUUACCGACGCUGAAGAAGAUGCGCAAGGACGUGAGGAUAUUGCUGGUGGGAGAGCCCAAAGUGGGGAAGACGUCUCUCAUCAUGUCACUGGUCAGCGAGGAGUUCCCAACCGUAGUUCCCUACCGAGCUGAGGAAAUCACCAUACCUGCAGAUGUCACACCAGAGAGAGUUCCCACACACAUUGUGGACUACUCAGAGGCAGAGCAGACAGAUGAGCAGUUGUUUCAGGAGAUCUCCAAGGCAAAUGUGAUUUGCAUUGUCUACUCUGUCAACAACAAGACAUCCAUCGAAAAGGUGACGAGCCACUGGAUCCCCCUCAUUACUGAGAACACAGACAAGGACAGCAGGGUUCCUCUGAUUCUGGUGGGGAACAAGUCGGACCUGGUGGAACACAGCAGUAUGGAGACCAUACUGCCCAUCAUGAACCGGCACAGUGAGAUAGAGACUUGCGUGGAGUGUUCAGCAAAGAACCUGAAGAACAUCUCGGAGCUGUUCUACUACGCCCAAAAGGCAGUCCUGCACCCAACAGGUCCUCUUUACUGUCCAGAAAAAAAAGACAUGAAGCCACUUUGUGUCAAAGCCCUGACUCGAAUCUUCAAAGUGUCUGAUCUGGACAAUGAUGGGAUUCUCAACGAUAAUGAGCUCAAUUUCUUCCAGAGGACGUGCUUCAACACCCCACUAGAGUCCCAGGCGUUGGAGGAUGUAAAAAAUGUGGUGAGGAAGAAUAUGAGUGACGGAGUGUGUGACAACGGGCUCACUCUGAAAGGCUUCCUGUUCCUCCACACCCUGUUCAUCCAGCGAGGUCGCCAUGAAACAACGUGGACCGUGUUGAGGAGGUUUGGGUACGACGAUGACCUGGAGUUAAACCAGGACUACCUCUUCCCUCCGUUGAAGCUUCCUCCAGACUGCACCACAGAGCUCAACCACAACGCCUACCUCUUCCUCCAGAGCGUCUUUGACAAACAUGACAAGGACCGUGACUGUGCCUUGUCACCAGAGGAGACGAGCGACCUGUUUGAUGUUUUUCCCUACAUGCCCUGGGGUCCAGAUGUCAAUAACACAGUUUGCACUAAUGACCAGGGCUGGAUCACCUACCAGGGAUAUCUCUCCCAGUGGACGUUAACAACAUAUCUGGAUGUCCAACGAUGCUUGGAGUAUUUGGGUUACCUCGGUUACUCAAUAGUUGCUGAGCAGGAGUCCCAAGCAUCAGGAAUUACAGUGACCAGAGAUAAGAAGAUUGACCUGCAGAAGAAGCAGACCCAGCGCAGCGUCUUCCGCUGUAAUGUCUUUGGUGACAUUGGCAGCGGCAAGAGCAGCUUCUUGCAAGCGUUCCUGGGUAGAAACCUCAUGCGCCAAAAUACGAUCAAAGAGGAACACAGAUCCUACUAUGCCAUCAGCACAACCUAUGUAUACGGCCAGGAGAAAUACCUUCUUCUUCAUGAAGUGUUCCCUGACUUCGACUACCUGUCUGAUGCUGAUCUGGCCUGUGACAUCGUCUGCCUGGUCUAUGAUGUCAGCAACCCUUACUCCUUUGAGUACUGCGCCAGAGUCUUCAAGCAAUACUUCAUGGACAGCAAGAUUCCAUGUAUGAUGAUAGCAGCCAAGUCAGACCUGCCAGAGAUCAAACAGAUGUACGGCUGCAGUCCUCUGGAGUUCUGUCGGAGGCACAAGAUGCCACCUCCCCAGUCCUUCACCUGUAACACUGCAGCAGGACCCAGCAAAGACAUCUACACCAAACUUACCACUAUGGCCAUGCACCCCCACGCUCGGUUGCGCUGCAUGUGCACUUGUAACCGGUGCACCUUCUGCUUGUGUCAGAACUUCCUCAACUCUGAGCUGCUGCAGACGGUCAGGGCCAAACUCUACGCUGUUGUACUCAGAAGACAUGUCAGCCAAGCAGACCUGAAGAGCUCGACCUUCUGGCUGAGAGCGAGCGUCGGGGCCACGGUGUUCGCAGUGCUGGGCGUCGCCAUGUACAGAGUGCUGCUCAAAACACGGUGAUCCUCGGGCACCCGCGUCCAACCCUCUUUACCCCAUGGUACAUAUAGAGCUAUUUUGACCUGUCACAACAUUAGGCUUUCCACCUUGCAUUUAGUAAACGAAAAUCUAUUUAAAAUUCAUUCAUUCAACAAUUCAAAGUCAUUGUUUUGUUUUGUUUUGGUGGGAAGAACAAAACGUGUCAAAGCUUACCUUGGCAAACAUUUGUUUUUUUGCAUUUUCAUUAAUUCUGUCAAUUUCUCUUCAUACGUAAAAAAAACAAAAAACCGAACAAUAUUUAAUUUUGUACCAAAAUUGCUAAUUUCCUUAAUCUGUUUUGUUUGCAGAUGUUUGCAAACUAAUAUAUCUAUAUUUAUAUUAAAGAAGAGGGAAAGCUGCUGAUAGCUGUAGUGACUAACAUGAGGGAGUUACAUGCGUGUAUAGCUAUUGUUUGAUUGCUUGCUGAAUGAAAUUGGUGUCAGCUGUGAUAGGGAUUGCGAAAUGUGAGGUUUGCAAUAACCGAUGCUUUUAUUAGACUGAACUAUAUGUUAAUAGUGUAUAUAAUAUAGUAGACUGUACGUUUGUUUCUCUUUGUUCAAAAGAGCCAUGUCUGAUGCACACUACAAACACUGAAUGCAAAGGUAUUAUUAGCCCAACAGCCUGGUUAUAAACUCACACAAAUAUUACCGUUGAUAUUCACAGUGACAGAAAUCAGUUUGCCUUUGAGGGCCAAACGCUUGGAUGCACGCUGUAUUAUUAUUAUUUUUAAACAUUUGAAUGUCUUAGCAGGUCAUUGUUUGAUCAGUGGAUGUGAAUGUGUUGAAGGGUCUGCUAGUCUCCAUCUCUCUAUCUUGGUCACUUUCUUCAUCAGCUCAUACGUGUGUGUGUGUGUGUAUGGGUGUCUUAGUGUGCUGAUAUAUUUAACAUUGACAUUUCACAGCCAAUCUGUACAUUUUGUAUUUGCAUGCUCUUGAAUUUCCGACCACAUUCCUACGUUUUAAGACUCACUGUACAAAAGAACCACCAUGCCAAGUUCUCCACAUUGCUUUCCAUCUCCCAAUAAUCCUAGGAUUUUAGUCUUAAAGUUUCUUGGCAGGAGUGCUGAAAAACAGAAUAGCCGAGUCAUAGUAAAGUUUGACACUCUUUGUUGUGAUUCCCACUCACCUCUGAUCACAGAGAAAUGCAACAAUGUGGCCCCAGAUGUUAAUUUCCAUGCAAUUGGUUCAGUUUGAUGUAUUCACUCAGCCCUGCCUUUCCAAAAGUUUACAAUAAACAAGU